AUGUCUGUACCACAACCUCAAGGAUACAUUGAGAAUCAAAGGUUCCUUGGUCAGAAUCAAGGACCACCUCCUCAUGCUGGACCCAGUAAUUAUGUCAGACAACAACCAAUACAACAACAGCAACAACCACCUCAUCCGGACGCUCAGUCUCAGAACCACAACCAAAGCCAGAUUCAGAGCCAAAACGAAACACUGUAUUACGGUAUGUCAAAUGGACAUAUACAAAAUGGAUAUCCCGCACAGAUAGGACAAAUGCCACUUCAACCGCAACAGCAACAGCAGCACCUACAACAACAACAUCAACAACAUCAACAACAUCAACAACAACAGCAGCAGCAGUUCAUGACAUCUUAUCAACCACAAGUGAUGUCUCAUGGUCACAUUCAACAAGGAAUCCCUUAUCCAGGUUUCGAAAUGAAUAGUGUAGGAAUCGUUCCAACGCCAAAUCUUCAUUUUGGUUCAAUACCUCAAAAUGGUCCAUGGAUGGAUGAAUGGGCAGAUGGUCAUCAUUCAUCAGAAGGACAAGACAUGGUUUACAGUAAUUUAGAGGUCAAACAUCGACGUCGAACCACGCCUGAUCAGUUGAAAAUCCUAGAAUACUGGUAUGAUAUCAACCCUAAACCCGACAACGCCUUGAGAGAACAUUUAGCUGCUCAGUUGGGAAUGACCAAGAGGAAUGUCCAAGUCUGGUUCCAAAAUCGACGAGCGAAAAUGAAAGGAUUGGCUAAAAAGGACGAUAAAGGUGGAGAUGAAGAAGACCAAAAUACGCCCGAAAAUGACACGGUCAUUUCUCCAAUUGAACAAACUCAGUCCUCUCAGCAAUAUCAACAACACAUCCAACAACAACAGCAGCAACAACGACAGAUGUUGUUACCAGCAAUGGGAGCACCGCCAAUGGCUAGAAGAGCAUCAUUAGCUAAUGGAGAAGCUGCUAAGAUUGAAAUGUUCGUUGCGAAACGUGCAGCAGCAGCAUCAGGUCAAAAACAAGGUUUACGUCCACCCGGAUUCGUUUCACCUCAAAGAUCACCGUUGAUGGGUACAGCAUCAGCUGCGAGAAGACAAAGUAUACCGUAUCCCACACCCAUCUCAGCUGGUCCUGGUCCAGGUCAAAGCCCAAAGUUCUCUCCUGUAGUCAGGGUAAUGCCUUCAGCCUUACAUCUUACCGCCAUGAGGAACAACACCAGAAGAGCGAGUAUGCCUGGCGCAGCUCAACUCAUAUCAAGUGGUCCUUUCACACCUCCAAGAGUGGUCACCAAUCAACAUCAAGUUGGUAAUCCCAGAGGAGACAGAGGACUGAGUACCAUAAAAGAUGAUGAUUCUACCAUUGAACAAGUAUUUUAUGAUCAAGAUACCGACUUUUCAACGACGUACAUCACACCUCCUUCAAGUACAUAUGAUCCAUCAUCCAUGUCACCGAUAUCAUUUUUGCCUACAGAUUCAACAGGUUAUGAUCAAUCCAUACCAUUUUCACCUAAUUCACCUUUACCUAACCCAUCGUUCUCAUUCGGUGGCGAUGGUCAUCAAAUUCCGGUUUUGGACGAAGCGGAAGCUGCCAGACAACAACAAUUGUUCUUUGCUUUCCAACAAAGAGGAAGAAUGGGAUCUAUCGCAUCGAUCAAUACAUACACUACUGAUAAUGGCAAUGGUACAGAUGUUGAUGAUUCGACUUUAGGAGACUGGAUAACCUCAGAAGCAAUUACCGGUGCAGGACAACAGGUUGAAGGUCAAGAAGGCCCUGAUGGAUUUGAUCCAGAUGCCAGGAGAGCCUCAGCACCUGCCGACUUGCUGCACCAAAUUGGAAUUAUGGGAUUAAAUGGUAUCCCAACACCGAUUAGACCUUCACCUUUGGGAAGCCAUUUCACACCUGAUAAUUAUCAUUUGGAACCAUUUGAGGGAACUUCAGUUCCAAUGACAAUGAACUCAUCCGAUCUUGAUCCUUCCCCAAUGUCAAAUUCAAUUCCAUCGAGUCAAAGCGUCUCUCCAACUGAAAAUCAUCAAUUCCAGCAAAUCCAGAAUAAUCAGCAACAAUCUUUACCUCAUCAUCCAGUUCGGUCAAUCUCAUUACAACAAUUCCCAAAUUCCAAUUCCAAUUCUAACCCCAAUAUCACUUCCAACUCCAACUCGCAAUCCACACCACAAGGGAUGGAUCAUUCGUCCUCGGUUUCACCUUACUCAGACCAUUCUGCUCCGCCUGGAUAUCCACAAUCGUACGGUCAACAAUCAUACCAGAAUGCUAUCUUUGAAGGUUAUCAACCUCCUCAAAAUGGAAUUGCUCAUCCAUCAAACCAUAAUCAAAACCAAAACAUCCAUCAACAAUAG